CUGCAGCAUCCUUGGGAGGUAGUUUAUAGGCAGAAAACCAGGAUCUUUUCUCUAAUCCAUCAGGAGGUGCUUCCUGCAUGUUUGGGGGGCACAGCUCCCCAGUUUGCAAGCCAUUGGCUACGCUGGCUGGUGCUGAGUGAAGCUUGAUUGUUUCUCUGCUAUAGAACGAGGGAUCUGGUGGAGCUCGCAGCUCCUUAUUUCCUGUUCCAAAAAUGAUUCAACCGAUCGCCUCGGGAGCAACAGACUAAAGGAGCAGAACCCCCUGAAGUCUUCUACAAUCCAAAUUCUGGCAUUUGUCCCUGAUCGUUUUCCUCCAUGCAGCGUCAACUGGCACGUUUCCUUCUGGUUGGGGAAGGAAAUUUUUCCUUCUCGGUCUAUCUGUACAAAGCAAGAGGCUGUGACACUCAUAUUAUUGCCACCUGCUACGGUAGUGAAGAGUCUAUAUCUGAACAAGCUUUCACCAAAUCCAACGUACAGUUUCUGAGAGACAAAGGUGCCGAAGUCUACUUUUCUGUCAACUGCACAAAACUGAAGGAAUACUUCUUGCCGGCUACGAGGGAUUUUGACCGUAUUUAUUUCAAUUUCCCCCACUGUGGGAAAAAGGGUGGAAUAAAAAAGAACAGGGAGCUUCUUGCCAAGUUUUUCUGCAGGAAUCGGGAUAAAUCUUUCUGCCUAGAAGGCGCUCUGAAUCACAUAUUCACCCGGAGUGUGCCGUUUCUGCCUUCUCAACCUUCGGUUUGCAAAAUGGAGCUGGAAGGCGAAUCGGUGUCCUGCCAAAUCCCACAGAUGUUCCUAGAGAAGAUAAGCAGGAACUACUUAGGUAUUCAUUCGAAGCAUCCCGUGAGAACUAUAAAUGAAAAACUAAUGGAUGGCCUCGGCAGAUCGUUCGCAGUUCAGAAGGCAAAUUCUUCCUUUCCUUUGGUGUUCAAAGACAGAACUGCUUCUCUUUCGUCGGACGCCUUUUGGAUGGUUCCUGUCGCCAAAAGUCACCCUGAAAUUAAGUUUUUAGCUUCCAGAAGUUAUCCUGGAACGGAUGAGGACCAGGAUUUGAGUUGGACCUUAGGACAAUAUUACCUUCGGCCUUCCCUGUUGGUUUUUCUCCAUUCUAUUGUAAAGCAGAGAGAUUUUCCUCCUCGGAGUUUGUUGGCCUUCAGUGGACUGGCUUUUAAAAAAUGCAAAAUUUCUGUCCACGUGCCACCUAUUUUUCACGAGGCCCUCUUCAUCUGCGCACUUCAGGAAGAUGUAGAAGACGCGCAGCUCCUGGUGGAAAGCCUCAUGGCCACAUUAAACUCUUUACUCCCAUCAUCGGAGGUUAAACUGGACUCCCUGAACCAGGAGCCAGAAAUCAGUCAGCAGGAUAUCUUUCUACCUUCUUACGGGCCGUUUCUGCUCAGCCCAAAAUACGCUGUGUCUGUGAGCUGCCAGGGCUUUGAUUCCAACCCAAAGGAAUUUCGCGUCGGGACAAUAAGUACCGUUCGGUGGCAGCUGUCAAGCGUUCACCAAAACGCGCUUUGCGUUUCUUUGAACCUCGAUCUUCUGGCGAUGUGCGCCUGCGACAUUUUUGACUGGCGGAUGCUCUGGACUUCGGACGAGCGUUUCGCGGGCCAGUUUUCGGGGGGGCGUUUAGGCGUUUUCCAGAACUUUUCCCUCCACCCGCCAGCCUAUGGGCACAACAUCAGCUUCUGGCUUCCGGAGGCAGAAACGUUCCGUGAAAUCCAGCUCCACACCAUUGCCAGGUGUGUGUCUUUGGAGACGGUUGUGUCUAUCCAGCUGCUGGACCGUUAUCGGCACCCGCGCGCACCACACGCCACCAGCCUGUGCUACAGGCUCACCUACCAGUCUUGCGAUAAGGCGCUCUCUCGCCCCCUGGCGGCGGCCAUGCAGAUGUCCCUUAGGGAGGAGCUGCAGCGUAGUCUCCGGGUGGUUGUUAGGUAGGAGAACCAGAAGGAGAAUUGAAUUGAAUUGAAUUGAAUUUAUUGAAUUUCUAUGC